AUGUCAGAUGAGUUUGAAAAUUCGAAAAGUUCUCACAAGAUUAUACCAUAUAUAUCAAACUAUUACAAUAUUAUAGAAGUCUUAAGACAAUUAGAGAAUGAAAAUCAUCAUGUAAAGAAAAUACAUGGUUCAUUAAAGUCCGAAAAUGAGAAACUACUAAAGAGGUACUACGAAACUUACACUCCGUUAUCACCAAAUACAGUUGUUAUUGAUAGUGAUAACUACAAAAUAUCAGAAGGUAAUGAUCCAUAUGGAAUGGAAAUAAUUGAGAAAAUUAUUAAUAACCCUAAGGUACCAAUUAAUAAUAAUGAGGUUUAUGAUAAAGAAAGAACAGGGAUACAAGCUAAUAUGUUAUCUGUUAAUUCAACAGAAAUGUAUACUAGAUUUUAUGAGAAAUUGAAUUUUACUACAAUUAGAGGUUGGGAUAUAGUGAAGAAUCAUUUAUUGUGGAUUCCAUCUUACCACACAGAAUUCAGAGAUAUACUAUUGUAUAAUAAAAGAAAUGAGAUAUAUGACCCGAAUAAGAAAACAUCUGCAAUGUCCAUAGAUGGAGAAGAUUAUAUUCCCAAGGCAUUUGAUUCUUAUUAUGGCAGUUGUUCAAUUCCAUCAGUAUUUGGUAAAAGUAAAUUACCCUCAUUAGUAUACCAUUCUGCAGUUUCAAUAGGGGAGGAGGUAUAUAUUCUAGGCGGUAUGAUACCAAGUUAUAGAUACGACGAAGAGAGCCCUAAUUUAGACAACUUUGAAGUAAUCGGUAUCCCAGAUUUACCUCCACCCUUUUUACCCCAAAUUGUAAAUAAUCCGGCAUUUUUCAGUAAUCCAUUCUUAUUUGUAAUUAAUGCUCUAACUUCAAGUGUCAGGAUGCAUAAGUUCGGAGGUGAUAUUCCACCACCCAUGAUUGGUAUGUCAGGAACACUUUUAACAGACCGAUACAUAUUCUUUUACGGAGGAUUAGAAAUUAGAACAGAGACAUCUUAUUCUGAGAUUACACAUAAAACUGUGAUUCGAAAGAGAGGAGUAUUUUGUGAUGUUGGGUUUAUCUUAGAUACAGUAAAAUUACAUUUUACAAAGAUUAAAAUUGGUCUUCAGCAAUUUAGAAAUCAAAAUUUUUGUCAAGUGUAUCCACGAUUUGGUCAUUUACAAAUUUCAAUUAGAGAUGAAGAUAUGUCUAAUAACGUUUCGCCAAGAUGUAAUCGUCAGGUUCCACAUUACGACCGUUCGAAAGACGACCUUCCGACCACAGAACAUUACAAUAUAAUUCCUGGAUUUAAAGAUUUUCAAACCAAAUCAAAUGAUAGCCAAUCAUCCUUGGCAGAAUCAAAUGGUACCUCUGAUAAUAAUUCCGGCCCAGAUUACAUUUUCGCCGACACAACUUAUAUAUUUGGUGGUUACAGGAGAGAGGGGAAGACAAGGUAUCAAGCACUGAACGACAUGUGGAAGAUUCAAAUUCCAAUACAUUACAGAGGAAAACGUGGAUUAUGUAUAUUUGGAGACAGUGCAUAUGCUACCUGUAUAAAUAAUGCGACUUCGGACACUAAACAAUUCCAAAAGCCAAUAGUUGGCGCAGAAAUACCAUCUGAAAGAGCAUUUAUGUCAUAUUGCAUCUAUAAUGAUAAACCAGGUUCAGAUUAUACAAAUUUUGAAGUAGAUCUAUUACAAAAUCUUCAUAAUAAUUUUAAAAUAUCACUUAGUAAACAAAUGACUAAAAAAAUUCUCCAUGUCGAUAUUCAUGAUAAUCCGAAGGGUGAAAAUCAAGACAAUGAAUCACAAUCAAUGCCAUCCUCCGAAUUUUAUACUAAUCGUCCACCAAUAUCAAGGGCUCGUCAUAAAACUCUCGUUAUGCACGGUGGAUCUGAUAUGUAUGAUGUUUGUGAUGAUAUGUGGUGGUUUGAUUUGGAAACUGAAACAUGGGAAAAAGUUGACACAUAUAUGAAUGUGGAACAGAAUAUAAAGAAACCAUAUCGUGCUCCCCAACCUUUACAUCUAAAACGUGUUGGGCAUAUCAUGCAAAAUAUUGGUACCUUGGUUAGUAUGGGAGGUGGUAUGUUACAAUCUGAUGUUGAUAUUCUAUACAAGACCUCGAAAUCCAAGGAUUCUGAAAGUCGUAUUCCAACGCAAGGUGUUCCUAUUGGUUCUCAUGUAUUUACAACAAUCGAUAUACGAACUCAAUUUGUUAUCAAUAGGAAAGUAACAUUCGCUCCUUCUGAUACAAAAUUUGAAGUUCCAUUAACAAAUACUGAUCCUAAAGCAAUACAUGGGUUAAUGAUGAUAGCUGGUUGUACUAUAGAAAAAGCAGCAGGAAAAUAUGUUAUGAUUGGUGGAGUCACCUCUAGGCGUUCUAAUAUCAAUGAUCUGUAUUUAAGAGGUGUUUUACUAUAUAUCACCGUUCCAGCGGUUACUCUUUUUGGUUGA